GAGACGUCAGUGUUGUAAAAAUAUUUCUCACUAGCGGCGCCUGCAGCAGUAGUGCGUAGCAGUAUCGUCAGAACAAACUCAAUGCAUCGCUAACUAAACUUCCCCUUCCGCUCUUGCAAUUGGUACAUCCCUCUCGGCAUCAGUAUAUGUAUCUAUUUUUUUAUGGUCUCGUCUGACGGCCCUUGAGAUAAGGCUUUAUUUUCGGUGAUACUAGUAGCUGUUCCGGUUGGUAUCUUCGACUGCGAGCGUUGAUAAUUUUUUCCAAUGAUCCAAAUUAUCAGCUUCCCCGAAAAACUUCUAUUCAGUUGUCCUUUUAUUUCGACAUCUAAUUCGGCGAUUCUUAUCGCAAGAACACACUCGCAUACACAUGCACGCGAUGGCUAUUGA